CGAGCGGCGCCGCUAUUUUUAAGCGAUCUGUCCGACCACGGGUCCUCCCUGGAUGCUCUCGGGCUUUCUUCCCCUCUUUGGUUGGAGAGAUGGCGGACGCGACGACGGCGCUGGCGAAGGACGAAACGGUGGAGGAGAAGACGGUGAUGGUGGUGGGGAUCGACGACAGCGAUCACAGCUUCUACGCCCUGGAGUGGACCCUCGAGCACUUCUUCUCCCCCGAAGUUCGCGGCCCGAACCCGCCCUUUAGGCUCGUUAUCGUCCACGCCAAGCCUACCCCCUCCUCCAUCGUCUCCCUAGCCGGCCCUGGUGCGGCGGACGUGCUGCCGUUUGUGGAUGCGGACCUCCGGAAGAGCGCGGCGAGGAUCGUGGAGAAGGCUAGGGAGGUCUGCGUGGCCAAAUCGGUGAGCACACUGGUUGAGGUGGUGGAAGGAGAUGCAAGGAAUGUUCUUUGUGAGGCAGUAGAAAAGCACCAUGCUGAUAUGUUGGUUGUGGGCAGCCAUGGUUAUGGAGCGAUAAAAAGGGCAGUUUUGGGUAGCGUGAGUGAUUACUGCGCUCAUCAUGCUCACUGCACCGUGAUGAUAGUGAAGAAACCCAAGUCAAAGCAAAAGUGAUUUAGCUGACAAGCUGGCAAUACAGUCUCCAUCAGUGCAUAUCCAAUAAAAUUCUUGCAUAAUAGCAAGUUAUACAUGCAUGAACUAUCCAUUAUAUAUCUGAUAGCUGCUUUUGUGAUGCUCUUUAUAUAUGUAGCAGUGUUUGUGAAUCAAAUCAAAGUAGUUCAUCAUUUUAUCCCUUGUUAAAUUUUCCUUUCAACUAGACAUUGUACUUGUUGAAUGUGGACUUUGGUGCUUGCUAUGCUGGAAAGCUGGUUCUUGUUG